UGCUCCUAGACCUGUUUAAGAGCUGGCUACCAGUGGCGAAGGAUCCCUUCUGGAGAUCUGCUCUGCUGGAGUUUUGUGAGUGAGCCCAGGAUAGGGGGGUAUCUCAGCAGACUACUCUGGAAGAAAGAUGCUCUCAUUCUUGAAUAGCUUCUGCGGAGAAAAGAAUGAAAAAUAAAGUGAUAUACAACGUUUCACAAGAGCUGCAUCUGUACUACAGAGGAAACACCCCUCCAGUCAGGCUUGUGAGGCUUCUCACUAUCAACCCUAUAAAAUGCCCAAGUACUGAUCCAGGAAAAGCCAAUCCUGAAACGGUAACGGAUGGCAGAAGCUAGCAGUCGUUAGAUGUAACACCUGAAUGGGGAAUACAGGCACCUCUCGCGCCACUGCUCCAUUCCACUGCUGGAGGUUAGGACUCGGUUGAGCGAAGCUAGCUGACGGACUGCAACGCGAGGGGAGAUGGAGCUUUGUUCUCCUCAGAAGCAAGACCCGGUCACCUCCACCAAGCUGCUGGGGAAGCCGCUCCUCCAGGUGCAUUCACCCAGCUUCCAGUACGGCUCAGGUCUGCUAUGCUGCAGACUGCAGCGACACCGAGACCAGCUGCCGCUCGCGCCUGACCGCCUGCUCGCGCCCUUCACUUCCCGCCCAAGGCGGAGCGCGAGGAGAGGAGCGCGGCCACCCCCGCGGGGGGCGGGCGGCGUGCGCAUGCGCGGAGGCCCAGCGACCGAUCUCGGAAGGGGCGGGGCGAGGCGCGAUGCGAACGGCGGGAGCAUGACAGGUGGCGGGAAGCGGCGGCAGCGCGCGGCGGAGCCGGAGGGAGAGCAGUGCGACAAAAACAGGGACACCAAGAAGAGAAGAUCAGGCCAGGCAGAGGCACGCGAUGCCCUCCAGCAAGAAGCAGAGUCUUGCUAUCGGCUGAGGCUGCCUGAGGACUUCUAUCAGUUCUGGAAGUUUUGUGAGGAACUAGAUCCCGAGAAACCAACUGAUGCACUUGUGUCAAGUGUUGGGCUUACACUGGUUGGACCUUAUGACAUUCUUGCUGGGAAACACAAAAAAGCAAAGUCGACAGAUGUGAACUUCAGUCUUCACUGGAGAUUCUUCUAUGAUCCCCCUGAAUUCCAGACUAUACUUGUUGGGGAUAGCAAAACACAGUAUCACAUGGGAUAUUUCAGGGAUGUGCCAGAUGAGCUUCCAGUGUGGGUUGGUGCAAAUGAAGCAAGGAAGAGCUGUCUGAUUUCACAAGUUGGUGAUAAUGUAUUUGCUGCAGUCAAAUUAUUUUUGUCAAAAAAACUUAAGGAAGUGACUGAUAAAAAGAAAAAUGCUGUUUUGAAAGACAUAGAUGAAAAGCUAACAAGGACAGCAAAAGAAUUGGGUUACUCUCUGGAACAGAAAACCAUGAAGAUGAAACAGAGAGAUAAGAAAGUGGUAGCCAAAACAUUUCAUGGAGCAGGCCUGGUUGUUCCUGUAGACAAAAAUGAUGUUGGAUACAGAGAACUUCCCGAAACAAACGCUAAUCUUAAGAAAAUAUGUAAGGCCAUUGUUGAUGCUCCCACUGAUGAUGAGAGACUGAAGGCGUUUGCACCCAUUCAGGAAAUGCUCACCUACGUUCAGUUUGCUAACGAUGAAUGUGACUAUGGAAUGGGAUAUGAACUGGGGAUGGACCUUUUCUGCUAUGGCUCACACUACUUCCACAAGACCGUGGCCCAGCUGCUGCCGCUCGCCUACAGCCUGCUGAAGAGGAACCUCUUUGCCGAGGUGAUCGAGGCGCACCUGGCGGACCGUAGGCAGGAGGGCUUGGACCGCCUGGCGCCCUGAGCCGGGGCAGCACCCGGCUGUGCUCAUUUUGUGGGCUGUUUUAUUCGUUCUGUGCUAUUUUUCCACGUGGAAACGCGUUCUGUGCUGUUAAUAAAGCUUUCCUAAGGACCGGCUGUCUGUUGCUCACCCUGGCGACCCCCUGGGUGAGGCUAUAAACUGAUUCCAGCAAGCAUCAAUAAUGUCUGUUGGUGCUGCAGUUCCCCUCAUGGAGGAAUUGUCAGUGACAUCAUUCACUGGAGACGUGCUUCCAAGUCAGACACAUAGUUGUCCCAGCCCCUCUGUUGCCAUGUGUCACACAGCAGGAGGUGUUUCUUUCAGAGCACUCCUUGAGCCGUAUCGCUCAAUUGAGUUUAACACACUGCAAAGCCAUAGGCCGUUGUAAAUCGUAAAGCUAUCUUCAGUUCUCAAUCAUGCAGCAUCUGCUUUUCUAAACCUGAUAGCUCCCCGCUUUGGAUCAGCAUCCAGAGGUUUCAUUUAUUCAAACAUUAGCGAGCAGAUACGAGCUGUUCCAUGGGCCUUCUCUUUUCAGUCUGCAAAUAGAAGAUGCUUCCAUAUCAUUUCAUCUUUUCUCAAUGUGAGGUUAAUGACUGUAACACUAACUGGAAAAAAUCCCAAAGUGAAAUACAGUGCAAAUAGGCAUCUAACAACUUUGCUGUGUUUUUAAGCAGAAGGACUGAAAGUGCACUGUAAAGAAACUGCCUGCUUCUACCUUUGGGACAAGAUAAGCAUCACCUAUUUUUGUAUUAGGAAGCCAAGUACUCUGCAAUUACAUGAUUGAAGCAAAUCUGAAAAUGUCCAUUUCAGAAAUGUGAUUUUUACUGGGGUUGUAUUUUAAGCCUGUGGCUGUUUAUCCCAGGGGAAUUAAAUGCAGACAUCAACAGAAAUACUGAUUGAGAAAAGACAACAGAGUUGAAGCAAGAAAUGGUCAUACAGAAGUUUUUAAUGUUUGAUUAAGUCAUCACAGUAGUGGGAAUUUUUACUGUAAUGAUACGCAGCUCUACCACACUAUUAUAAAUAAAAACAUUAAGAUCAAUCAAUUUUAAAUACAGCUCUA